AUGAUCUCUAUCAAGUUGGCCGCCAUCGGCGCCCUUUUGGCGACAGCCCAAGCCCAGAUUCGUCACCCCGAUGAAGAUCUCAUCCUUGCUGAUUGCGGCAUUGGCGACAACAAAGCCCAUCCCAAAUGGUCAACUUCUCGCCAGGUCAACUGGUACAAAGACAUCAAGUGGCCCGAAGAUGCCUCUACAUUCCCUGCUGCCCCUGAUCUGUCCGUUGAAGUUCCGUAUGCAAGCGGAAAGUACCCCUGGAACUCCAAGGGAACCACGGUCAAGCUUUCCAACGGUGUCGUCUGGACAGCCUACAUCAACCCCGCCGUAGCUGAUGGCAUGCCUGCUGGAUCUGCCGUAACCACCAAAGAGGGUGGCCAGGAGCUCAACUGCUAUGCCUAUCGUGGCCGUCCUGUCAGCGCCGCUCUCAACACGACAGUUACCGACGACGCUGUCUGCCUGUCUGCUUUCGUAUGCAACCGUGACGACAAAGCUCCCCCUCGUCCUAGCGACAUGAGCUCUCCCACUUCUACCCUGCAAACAUCCCCCGCUCCUCCUGCUACUACCUUCAUUUCGCAGCCGCCUGCAACACCAAGCUCUACUGGUGGCGCUGACCCAGCCCCUCCCACAGACCCCAAUGCUGGCAAGCUGUUUAUGUCCACUCUUGUCAGUCCUCGUUUCCUCAACUGGCCCAAUACCUGGCAGGCUUUUAUCGAAAACUUCGCCUGGGAUCGACAGACCGGCAAAUGCAUCGCCAAGCCAGUCAAAGGAGACGGAUACACUAUCAACAUUGAUUGUGCAGGAAUCCAGAUCGACUCUGACUCUCAUUUGACUCUCCUCAUGAUCAAAGCUCUUCAUGACAUUGGUAUGAACAGCACUCUUUUCAACCAGAACCCCAUUGUCCCAGGAAAGCGCAACGCUACUGCAGAUCACUGGGUUGUCAUGCCGGAGGCUUUCAACCUCCAGGCAAUUGAUGUUUCACACCAGAAUGUCGUCGGCUACCUCAGUUACAAUACAACCUACGAUAACUUCCUGAGUGGACCCUGUUCGUCUUGCGACACAAAGAGGUUCAAUGAGCAGUUCUUCAACCCCAUUCUGGAUGCUAUGAAGGGCACUUAUCCUCGCUAUAACACCUACAACGUCGAGGCCCAAUGCAGUCCCUGGAUGGCGUGCUUUUAA